AUGGCCGCUUCUUGCGCCAUCUGCAAGCAGGCGCUCGAAGAUGGCGAGGAGCUCGUCCGUCUGGGUUGCCUGCGCGGGCCUUGCCAUAAAGAGUGCGUCAACGCGCACAUGCAAGUGCACGGCCUGGACUUCGCUAAUUUUCCAUGCCCAGAGUGCAGGACCACGGAACGCCAGCUCCAGUCGAUGGAGGCCGCCAGGUUGCAGCGGCAGCAGGUCGUCAGCAGCAGUGGGUCGUCAGCGGCAGCAGGUCGCAGGCGCGCAGCCGUCUUCCGGAUCCCCCUCGCCCAGGGGGGGGAGCGCAGGAUCACCGGGGAGAACCGCCGCUCCAGGUCGCCGCCUCCCCGCGUCGUGGCCGAUUCGCCCAUCAUGCAGCCCGAGUCGCCCGGUGGGGCCAUCGUCCCGGCCGCGUCGCCCAUUGGCAGGGCCGUCGUCCCGGCCGCGUCGCCCAUUGGCAGGGGGCUGUCGCAGUCCAUAUCCCCAUCGCAGUCUCAGCCGUCGCGGCCGCAAGGCCCUGCCAUCACGGAUGCCGAUUUCGGUUUCACGCUCACUGACAACACGGCGGCUGGCGGCGACGGGGCCCCGGUGCCAGACCCGUCCUUGGCUGCUAUUCGCGCUCUCGACGCCGUGCCGAAUGCCGCCGCUUUCCGAACCGCCCUGCACCCGACGGGCUUAUUCAACGGCUUGCAGGACGAGCGGGGGACCCGAGAGACAGCCAAGCAGUGGCUGGGCGAGAUGCUGGCGGACCCUAGGGACCACAAGGAGGUGGGAAUGGAUCCCAGCUUCUCAAUUCGGCUCCUGCUCCCGCGCCCCUUCCGCGCAGCAGUCGUCGCGGUGGCGUCGCGCGAGGGCUGGCAGCCCGAAGCGCUCAUGCAAGGUAUCAUGAGCAACGCGGGCUGGUUGGAGCGCCACGCCACGGUGCUCAAGGAAACUGCGGAUGAGACGCACUCCCGCAAGCCGACGAUUGCGAUCUUCUGCGCGGCUAUGCCACCCACUCGCAAGACCUCCCUCGCCCGCUUCGUCUCGGUCAGCCUGCUGGGCGACACUGACGAGGGGCGGCAGCUACAGGCUUGCACCUGCGGUGACGCCACGCUGAGAGGAUUGUUGAAUUGUAUUUCGACGCAUGAGCGCAGCGGGCUGGUCAACGACGAAAUCACGACGGCUUACGACACCACCUUCAGCCAGGGGUCGCGCGGGUGUCACUACGCGGGAAAGCCGACGAUGCUCAAGUUCGUCAACGGCGAGCGCAGCAUCACUAUGACUGGGCAUGGGGCCGUUAACUUGGGCACCUACGGGUUCUUGCACCAGGUGUGGGGGGAGAUUCCAGCGGUCGAGGAGGUGCUCCAGCGUGAUUCCAUUGGCUUCCGCAAGAGGUUCAAUACCAUUUGGUUUGGCGAGGCGGCUGGCCACCCGACGCAGAACACCGAGCAGUCCACGAUUUUGUUGACAGCGCUCAUGUCUUGGAUGUGUCAGAAUGCCCUGCCCCAGCAGGAAGUGCACUGCUUCGAUAAUUUCUCGCUGUCCAUGUAUCGGGCUUUCAUGAGCGGCAUCUCCAAUUUCAUAGACGAGAAUCCAGGCCUCGACCAGCUCAUACGGGAGAAAUUGCAAUUCGCCGACACAGACAUCCUGCGGCCUACAGUCCUGCACAUGUUCGCGUUCAUCUGCUUACCGCGGCUCGUCUCCUACAGGACGCAGCCCAGCGGCAAGGCUGGAGGUCAUGCGCACGUCAGUCUUGUUUGGUCGCUGCCUGGCGGCAACGCUGGCUUGCUUGCCCCCGUGUCGAGGCAGUUGCCUCGAGGUGACGCCGCAGACCUGCGUGUCGAGCCGUUCGCCAGCAGCGCGCGGGCCAGCCAUCGGUGGAGAAGCGAGGCGGUUGCUCACGAGGCCGCCGAGGCUCGCGUGGCACCUGUCGCGCACGAGGCGGCGCUUUCGGAGGGCGAGCUGUCCCGCGCGAGUGGCAGCGCGGCGGCGUUUGAACGCCUAGCUGCGCAACGCAUCGCGCAGCUCCCAAAGGUACACCUCGCGCUUCUCCUGCCCUCGCUGGGCCUCUCAGGAAAUGGGAGCUUCGCCUACAGCGGGUCUCGUGAGGAAGCCCCAAUGGCGCUUGCAUUCGCGGCUUCGGCGGCCACGGCCUUCAUCCCAGGCGGCGUGCUGCCCUCCGCCGCCCCCGCGCUCCGCGCCGGCGCCGGCGCCUCGGCGCCAGAGCAGGGUCGCGCCGGAGCCGGCGCGGGCUGGGCCGCGGCGGCGUGGGGGGCUCCGCCGGCGCGCCACCACGGGGAGCAGGACGGCGGCGAAGGGCACGCGACGCGACCUCGCCGUGGCCUACGAGGACUCAGGCAUCGACCUCCUGGACAACGGCCAGUUCGCGCAGGGCCUCGUGGGCGCCGAGGGCGCCUGGGGCCGGUACGAGUUCGACCCCGCGGGCUUCAGCAGGUACACCGAGUUCGUGCCGUGGUUCCGCGAGGCGGAACUCAAGCACGGCCGCAUCUGCAUGCUGGCCUGGCUCGGCCUGGUGGUCCCCGACUUCGUGCGGAUUCCAGGAGAGCGCUACUCUUUCGAGGCGGUCCCCUGCGUUCUCGACGCGCACGACAGGCUCAACGGCAGCGUUGGCGUGAAC